AUGCCAAAGUUUUUUCUUAUUUACUUCCCUGUCGAUAAUACUACAGUUGUUCUUUCAAAAGAAGAUUUUAUCGAUUACAACGGUGAAGGUUUAGUUGGCGAUACAGUGAAAGUGAAAUAUAGCAAUGACGUGUUUACUGGCAAAAUAUUAUUUGCUGCUAAUGAUAAAAAAUCGGUUGCAUCACAUACAAUAGUACCAACAUUUCCAUCAAGAAAACGUCAACGGCUUAGUAAAACUCCACCGAAAUCUACUGCACCACUAAAUCAUUUCACAGAUGAUCAAAUUUCAUUCUUGGAAAAAGAUUUUAUUUCUCAGAUUAAUGCUUCUCCAAUUUUACAUAAUUUGGACCAAAAUGUCAAAGUGUUAAACGAAGAAAUGAUGCAUUGUUUUCGAGAUAUGACUGAAAUCAAGGAAGUUACAAGUAAUAUGGCGAAAAGUAUGAAAAAUUUUGCUGAUUUACUUUUCAGAAUGGCGAAGAGAACAAAUAAAGAAUCUCAUGAACAAGAAACACAAACAGAUGAAGUAUACGUACUAACAACAGAUUAUACUACAUCUCGUGCAGAUGAUCCAUAUAAUUUUUACGAUGAGAAUGAUUAUGCUUUACAAACAAUAAAUACACAAAUCAACCAACAUGCUAUGAUUGAGUCAUCAUAUUCUCCAGUAAAAGCUCAUGUGUAUGAUAGUUGUGUACAAUUAAAUAUUUUCAGCGUUAACUCGACUCGUGAAAAUGUUAGCUUAGAAUUAUUGGCUCCUUCACAAACAAAAUCCGAAAUCAAAAUAUCAAUUGAACAACAAUAUCCAAUUGACAAACCUAAAUAUUUAAUUAUGAAAAAGAAAACUGAUAGAACAUUAAAUUCAGAUUGCAAGGCCACUAGACAUUUACUAAAUCACCUAAUUAGUUCUUUAUAUACAUUUCAUGAACUGGAAAACAGUUCAAUCGACGGAAAAAUAUCCGGUACAAUUCAAUUUUCGGUAUCAAAGAUGAUGGUGAUUGAUAAUCAUAUGUUAAAACUCUAUGGCUCACAUUAUGAAACGUAUCGCAAAUCGAAACUUUGUGCUGCCAAAUAG